CGCUGGCCGCAGAUCUUGUGUCACCGGCUCGGCGGGAUCACUUUUCCUCCUGGAAGACGAGCGAGCACGAUGGCAUCGACUGGGGAGCUCGCCAUUCUAAGCGUGUCAAACAAGGCGGGUCUUCUGGACCUGGCCCUCAAGCUGCAGCAAGCGGGUUUGCGCUUGGUGGCAUCAGGGGGCACAGCGAAGGCCAUUCGUGACAUUGGCCUGCCGGUCAGGGAUGUAUCUGAAGUGACAGGGGCCCCUGAAAUGCUGGGGGGUCGAGUCAAGACACUGCACCCAGCUGUUCAUGGAGGUAUCUUGGCACGAAAGAUCGACAGCGACCUAGCUGACAUGAAGAAGCAGAGUUUUGAAUAUGUUAGCGUGGUCGUGUGCAACCUGUACCCGUUUGUGGAGGCCAUCUCGAAGCCAAACACCACUGUGGCUGAAGCUGUGGAGCAAGUGGAUAUUGGUGGCGUCACUCUUCUGAGGGCCGCUGCGAAAAACCACGAGCGUGUUACAAUCAUCUGCGACCCUGCUGACUAUGAUGUGGUUGCCCAGGAGUUGCUGUCAUCGCCGACCCGUCAAACAAGUCUGGAAACAAGGAAACGACUGGCUGUGAAGGCGUUCCUCCACACGGCCCAGUAUGACGCGGCAAUCUCGGACUACUUCAGGAAGCAGUACCUGACCGGCGUGGCCUGCCUGCCCCUCCGCUACGGCACCAAUCCACACCAGGUUCCCGCCCAGCUUUGCACUAACCUGCCGAAGCUGCCACUCACUGUGCUCAACGGCUCCCCGGGCUUCAUCAACCUCUGCGACGCCCUCAACGCUUGGCAGCUGGUCAAGGAGCUCAAGGCUGCCCUGGGAAUUCCUGCAGCAACCUCAUUCAAGCACGUCAGCCCAGCAGGUGCGGCCGUGGGUGUGCCGCUGUCACGAGAUGAGGCCAAGCUUUGCAUGGUGGACGACCUCUUUGAUGAGCUGACCCCAAUUGCCACCGCUUAUGCCAGAGCCCGGGGUGCGGAUCGCAUGUCCUCCUUUGGUGACUUCCUGGCCCUGUCGGAUGAGUGUGAUGUGGCAACAGCCAGAAUUGUGUCGCGUGAGGUGUCUGAUGGUGUCAUCGCACCUAGCUACUCGGCUGAAGCUCUGGCGAUUUUGGCCAAGAAGAAGGGUGGCAACUACUGCGUGCUCAAGAUUGAUGCAAGCUACGAGCCAACUGCCAUGGAAUCCCGCACGUUGUUUGGCCUGACACUUGAACAAUGCCGCAACGAUGCCAAGAUCGAUCGUGCUCUCUUCUCCAACAUUGUGUCAAAGAACAAAAGUCUGCCAGAGGCUGCCAUCCGUGAUCUGAUUGUGGCCACAAUAGCCCUCAAGUACACCCAGUCCAACUCUGUCUGCUAUGCAAAGGAUGGACAGGUGAUUGGCAUCGGAGCUGGCCAGCAGUCUCGAAUUCACUGCACACGGCUAGCAGGUGACAAGGCCAACAACUGGUGGCUGAGGCAGCACCCCAACAUUAAGAGCAUGGCCUUCAAGAAGGGUGUCAAGCGUGCCGAGAUCUCCAACAUCAUUGAUGUCUACGUUGGUGGGGUCUUUGGACAGGACAUGCCUCUGGAGCAGUACAAAAACUCCGUGGAGAACCCGGUGCCUCAGCUAACUGAGGAGGAAAAGAAGGCCUGGAUUGCCCAGUUGUCUGGUGUUGCCCUCAGCUCGGAUGCUUUCUUCCCGUUCAGAGACAACAUUGACAGGGCGCGUCAGAGCGGUGUGCAGUACAUUGUCAGCCCUGGAGGAUCCACCAAUGACCAGGGAGUUAUGGAGGCAUGUGAUGAGUACGGAAUCACCUUGGUACACACUGGUCUGCGCCUGUUCCACCACUGAGAAGCUGCUGCGGGUAGACCGGCAAUCCAUCACCUGCUAAUAUGUCUCCUGGCCUCCAUGCAAACCAUUCUUUGAGAAAGUGCCUUGAAAGGAAGCAAAAAUAUUUUGUGGCUAUAUUACACAUGCUGCGCUCUAUUUUACAGUAUGCAAAUGUGUGGUGUACAUAACCUUUUUGGAUACAGAUGAAAAGCCUGAACAAUAAACAUUUUGCAAGCCUA